GCAAUGACUCCACAGUAUUAACAUGUGAUCUUUCACAUGACCGCAAUCAACAAAUCCUCCGCAACAUAUGUACUUAUGUUCAAUUGUGCAUUAAAUGUGAUAAACCGAUGAAAGAAAAGCUAAACCACAGCAGUUCCAAAGUUAAAUACCCAACUCCAAGCUUAAAGCUAGGAAUUCAAAGAAUAUGAUGUUAGGAGCAAAAGAUAUGUUAGCUAGCUUUGGUUCAGUAAUUGCAAGCAUAGUAUUUUUCUGGGCAAUUUUCCAGCAAUACUUUCCUAAUCAUCUUCGAAGUCAUUUUGAAAAAUAUACUCAAAGAAUCAUUACUUUGGUGUACCCUUACAUCCAAAUCACUUUCAAUGAAACAACAGGGGAGAGAUUCAUGCGAAGCGAGGCGUAUGUUGCGAUCGAGAACUACUUAAGCUCGAAUUCAAGCAAGCAAGCUAAGAGAUUGAAGGCAGAUAUGCUGAAAAACAACCAAUCCUUAUCUCUUAGUAUGGAUGAACAUGAAGAAGUAGCUGAUGAGUAUAAAAGGGUAAAAGUUUGGUGGGCAUUUGGUAAAAAUGUUAGCAAACAACCAACGUUCUCAUUUCAUCCUGUUGCUGAUGAAAAGAGGUAUUACAAAUUAACUUUUCAUAAGAAGAAUAGGGAUCUUAUUAUGGGUGAUUAUCUUAGUUAUGUGUUGAAGGAAGGUAAUGCAAUUAAGAUUAGGAAUAGGCAGAGGAAGUUGUAUACUAAUAAUGGAGCUCAAUGGAGUCAUGUUGUGUUUGAGCAUCCGGCCUCGUUUGAAACGUUGGCAAUGGAACCGAGUAAGAAAAGGGAGGUUAUUGAAGAUUUAAUUACAUUUAGUAAGGGGGAAGAGUUUUAUGCAAGGAUCGGGAGAGCAUGGAAGCGAGGAUAUCUGCUUUAUGGACCCCCAGGGACUGGGAAAUCGACUAUGAUUGCAGCAAUGGCCAACCUGCUGAAUUAUGAUAUUUAUGAUCUUGAGCUCACUGCUGUCAAGGAUAACACAGAAUUGAGGAGGUUGCUAAUUGAGACCUCUAGUAAAUCGAUUAUUGUUAUCGAGGAUAUUGACUGCUCAAGGGAUUUGACUGGACAACGGAAAAAGAAGCAGGAUAGAGGGGAGGACAUUGACAAUAUUGCUGAUCAAGAUAAGAAGAAAGCUAUGACUAUGUUAGCUAGAGAAGAACAAGAUGCCAGUACAAGUAAGGUUACCCUGUCAGGGCUAUUGAAUUUUAUUGAUGGCUUGUGGUCUGCUUGUGGUGGGGAGAGACUGAUUGUGUUUACGACUAACCAUGUCGACAAACUUGAUCCUGCAUUGAUUCGUAGGGGGAGGAUGGACAAGCAUGUUCAACUGUCAUACUGUGGGUACGAAGCAUUCAAGAUUUUGGCCAAGAAUUAUCUGAAAAUUGACUCACAUCCUCUGUUCCCAACACUUGAGAAACUUCUGGCUCAGAUUCAGAUGACUCCUGCUGAUGUUGCAGAAAAUCUGAUGCCUAAGACAUCUUCUGCAGACGCGGAUAAUAGUUUACAGGAACUUAUCCUAGCGUUACAGGCGGUCAACCAGGAAUCAGAGCAGACAGCAUAAGGUUAUCAGAGUAUGCACAUUAUCCAUUCUUAAUUCAGUCUUCUAUGCACGAUGUAGAAAUUACUAUCCUUUUGCCUAGUCUUUUAUUUUCAUUAAUAAGCUUGUGACGUCAAUGUUGAUUGGAAAAAAAUAAAAACAAGCAGGAGAAUAAAGCUACUGUCAGAUCGGAGAGCCUUUAGCAUACAAAGAAAUAAGAUUUCUUGCUUGUAAUUUAUGGAUACUUUUGGAAAUUAGGGGAAUAAAUAGGCAACUAAAUUGCCUUUGAUGCUUA